GGCGAGCUUCUCUUGAAACUUCUCCGUUGAUAGAUCAGACCCCUCGUUACCAUCCAGGAGCGGGAUUCCUCGAGUCCACGAGUUCAAACCUUGCCAACACUAGUCUGGGCCCAGCUUCUUUGGGAGAAGACACGGCGUAUAGUCAUAUUCGAGCGAAGCGAAAACUGGAACUCCUUCGCAUCAAUCAGCGGGCUCCCACGAUACCAUCGCCUGUGGGUUGGAGUGGUCCCCUUAGCCACCCGCAGCAAUUUCCGCCCGCCUCAGUUGCAUAUCAACUCUUUUCUUCCGAAGCAGCUUCGAUGCCGAGUUCGCAGUUAUCCCGUGGUAUGAUCCAAGUGCCAGACCACACUGCAACAGAGUACACCUUUGCGCAUCCCAUCUCCACCCUCCAUGAUUUGGCCGCUGUAUCGUCCAGGGAAGCCAUACCUAACACAGCUCCAACUAAGACCAACCUUGGAACCCGUGGGACUGAACAGUUGUGCAUCUGUGGGAACAAAUUAUCCUGUCCGUUGAGUCUAGUGAAGCAGCGACGAUUAGGCACAAAUCCACGUGUACAACGCGGCUUUAUCCGCCUGGCGGCUGUCUUUCGUGGUCGUUUCGUAAGACAGCUUCUUGCAACACACAAAGUGUACGAUCUCAUUCGCACAAUCAAAGACACAGCCAAGCUGGCGCUUUCGAUUCACGUGGAGCGGAAGGCAUCACACACGCUGAAGAGAGCCGAGUCUCAGAACGCGGAAAUCGCAUCACCACAGCCUACCACCGAUUCGGACCAGUUACCUGAUGAGGAACUCAUACUGGAGGCGCGUUUGCUCGCUCAACUCCGUGGGUCAUUGAAUCAGUUGCAUGAGAUAUUCUUCUCUUGGCCACUAUCCAAUCAAAUCGAUCUGCUACGUGUUUCGCGUUCUCUGCCUCAUCGGAACAAACGUGCCACCACACACCCAGAAGAUCUACGUCACAACGCACACGUGUGCGACGCUGCCUGUGAUGAGUGGCCCCAGCGCUGUGCGACCGAACAACGCCGUCGCUGGGGCUCCGUUGCCACCCACGGGGAGUGCAAAGAUUCAUCGGAGUGGACAGGGAAAUCAAACAGGAUGGAGAUGGACAAACCACCCAUGUCCUGCGGCCCCUCCAGCUUGACCAAGCUGAUCGACUCAGUUCGCAAGUCGUGGCCGACGAGUCAGUUAAAGAAAAGAAUCACAUUCCCAGGGUCCAGCCUCGCUGCGCUGGCCUACGGAAACGACCCCAAACAUUUACAACAGCCACGGUGGGACGACUCACAACGAGAACUACUGGAAUGGUUUCAGCAGCAGCAUCAGACAUCUCUCUGUCGAACGCGCAAAAUCGCCGCAGGAUCGCACCGAACCCCGGAAUUCGACUCUAGAGGCGUCUUACACUCCUGUGCGCCAGUACACUCCGCCAUCAGUAAGCAGACUGCUAGCCGAAUCAGCGUGCCAUGUGAUGCGAAAGGAAACUGCCCCUUGCCCAGUUCGAAACCAAAAAUUGGGUCACGCAUCUCUAUUCGCAGCACACAAGUAGUCACAACAGCUGCGACUGGAACGCCGAGACUUCGAGCACAAUCAAAUCAUAAACAGUGUGGUCAGCGGAAUAUACAGUCGCUUAAAUCGGUAUCAGCAGCGUCGAGUUCUGUUGCGCUCCACCGAGGCCGCUCUACGCCACUAGCAUUCCUCCAGAAACAACCACUCGGCCACAGGCAUCAAUGAAAAGCGUCACUUACAGAACAAAACUUGUGAAAGUAAAGGGAGCUUUGGAUCUCAGCACAGACCACAAGAUACAAUAUUCUCUGAGGCAGAAACAACCGGUUCCAUUAAUCCGAGCGCAGUCCUCGUUGAAUCUCAGACGCAGUCGGGUGUACCUGAAGCACCACCAGGUCUAUCGAUCCACUCCAAGUCUGACCGAUUCGGCGGUGGAGCCACCCCAAGCACUCUCCAACGCUCACAGCAACCAUCUGCGAGAUCCUCAAACAUGGUCAGACGACCUGUCUCAGGACCAUUGGGGAAAGCUCGAACGAACGUAACGGACGACAGUCAACAUCCUGUCAGGUACCGUAUCAUCUCGUCCCCAUAUCCACCGGAUUCGUCCGCGUUUCUCUCAACUUCCAGACGCUGUACACUUCAAUACCCGCUAUACAAUCACCAAUCUGGGCGCACUACAUCAGUGGAUGCUAGGCGAAUUGUAUCGACUUGUGAAGAGCCCACUGCUGGAGCUCCACGUCGGAUAAACCGCUGGGGUGAUGAGAAGUUUCAGAAUAGGAAUUCACUAUUCGAGUCUACGUAAGAUGAUGCUUCUAGCUGCUCAACUGGAUGAAGAAACUCAGACAGUGGAGCCGCAUAUUAUCAGAACUCCACUGGAGUGUAAUGAUCAUCUGCUUGCAAUUCACUUGGAUUGCAGUCUUCUAGGGAUACGCAAACAUAUCUUUUUACUUUUAUUUACCUUGUUUUCUAACCGGUGAUCCCUCGCGCUAUGUCUGUUUUAUGUCAUGUGACAAGGACAACGCUACGCUCUAUGUCAGGCCA